AUGGAUUCAUCAAGUCCUCUGAUGCAAAAUGAAGAACUCUAUUUAGCUAACUCUAAAUUUAAAUCAUAUGAUGAAUUAUUAAAGAGUGUACGAAAUUUCUAUUACAAUAUAGGAUAUGGGGUAUCUAUUCAAGAUUCAAGCAAAGACAAAUAUGUCACGUUGCAAUAUGAUCGAGGCGGUUCCUAUCAAGAUGGAUUGUGUAUUGGAGAUAAAAGAAAGAAGGACAUUGGAUAUCGUUUGAUUAAAUGUCUCUUCCAGAUUGCAGGUAAAAAGGGAAAUGAUGGUGUUUGGGUACUUAAGGCAAAAAACUUGACUCACAAUCAUGAACCGGCUAUAGAUGUAUCUGGUCAUCCAUCACUCUGUCGAUUAUCACUGGAGGAUGUACAAAGUUUCAAAAACAUGACGCUUUCUGGCAUACCCCCAAGGCAAAUUCUUUCUUCUUUACGUACAAUGGUUCCUUGCACUGGCCAUUUUAUGGCAACCAUGGGUCUUCCUUUUGCUCAUAAGAUACAACAUUUGCUGGGAAUGAAACUUUCAUUAAAUCUAAUUCAUCCAUAUUGGAGGAUUGAUACAUUGCGCCUGAAUUCAGAAGAUGAUUCACAUAAUGAUGGCGUUAACAAAUUUGAUGAGUUGCUUACUGAGUUGUCUUCAAGAUACCAAAUGUGGCCUUUAAGUAAGAAAGAAUUUGUUACUUCUAUGAUUAAUAAACUUUUGACUGAAUCUGAUACGUUGUUUGAGCCCAUGAUCCGUCGACCGAAGGGUAGACCUCCAAAAUCAAAAAAGAAAAAAAGCAUGAGACCCUUCAAGAUUUGA